AUGAAUUAAAACCCUUUCUUCUUCGAUUCGUCACCCAUCGUCUGCCACCGUCUGCCGUCAUCAAAACCCCACUGUUUUCGAAACUUCAUCCCUCUUCUUCAUCAGAGAACCUAAGUUAUCGCAAAAUCUCUACUUCUAUUUCAAUUGAAACAAAUCACCAAUUCCUUCAAUGGUAGAAAUCCAUCACAUUACCAACAAUGGCGGCGCCACACCAACCAAAUCGACUCCCCGUAGUAGCAAGAGAAAGGCGGCGACACCGGCAUACAAGCACGACGAUACUAGCCAGCUGUCGGCGAGGAAAAAGAAAGAGAUGAGAAUCAGGUUAUCGUUAACAAGACCUUCCUAUGUUCUUGGACUCUGUACUAAACCUCUUAGAUCGGAACAUCGGAAGAGGUUACAUUACUUGUUGCGUAAGCUUGUUAAUCAACAUGAUUGGGUUGGAGCUAGUGGUGUUAUGAGUGUUUACUUGAAAGGAACUGUUCAUGAUACUUCUCCUUUGAAGAACCGUUUCAAGUUUUGGGUUUUACUGGAGCUUCUUAAUCAUGUACCAAACCAUUCCAUGAAUUCAACAAGGAUCAGGAAUCUCUAUGACAUUUGGGCAAAGAAGAUUGGAUCAAUGAAGACUUGGCCAUUAGAGAGCAGAUAUGCAGUUCAGUUGGAGUUCAUGUUGUUCUAUCUUAUGAAAGGCAAUGUUGACGGUGCAUAUCAGCUUGCUCUAGUCCUUGAGCAAGAAAGAGUUGAUGUUGAUCCUGUUUCGAAGAUGAUGAUGGGUUUGACAUUCUAUGAGCUGUGGUAUUCUUCUUCUAUUCCUGACGAAUUUAAGUGGAGAGAUUUAGAUCAAAUUGAAGGUCAAGAGAACUCACAUACGGAGGGAACCUCAUUCAGCAACAAGUCUCGACAGUCAGAAUGGCAUAAUUCAGUUCAGUCGCACAUGGCAGACUCCCAAUAUCAAUGUUACUCAGAUUCAUCUGUCAUGAAUAAAAGACAAAUUUCUAAGGAGAUUGGCCUCAGUAAAGAUAUGAUUGUUGCCAUGGAGGUUGAUGCUAACCUUAAAAGAGAAACAUCACAUCAUAUCAUUCAGCCAGAAAAUUUUUACAUGAUGUCUGAUGAAAGUCAAGGAAUAGAAAAACCUUCUAACAUUCGAGUUUUUACACAAGAUGACUUGUAUGCUCUUGGGAGACUUGAUUUGUGGUUGCCCUUGCGUUUUCCGGAUGGGAACGAUUUGUUGGAGUUCAAGGUUAAUGACUACUAUAACGAUGCAGUAAAGUAUUUACAUCAAGCUCUGGACUCAACAUCCAUUUUAUCAGCAUUAUCCGUUGCAUCAGCAGCAUUACUUCCAUUAAUACAGCUGUUGCUGAUUGGAGGUCAAGUUGAUGAUGCUCUAACUUUGCUUGAGAACCAAUGCAAUAGUUCACACUCUGUACUCCCAAUUAGAUUACGAGCUGUUCUAUUGGAGCAUUUUGAUCGAAACAACUCUCUCUUAAUUUCAAGCUGUUAUGAGGAUAUACUAAAGAAGGAUCCAACAUGUCGUGAUUCUUUAGCAAAACUUAUAAGGAUGCACCAAAUAGGGGAAUAUAGUCUCGAAUCUCUUCUGGAAAUUAUUGCUUCACAUUUAGAUGCUACAGAUGCAGAGUACAAUACAUGGAAGAUGUUCUCUUUAUGUCUUUCUAAAUUGUCUCUCCAUGAAGAAGACCAAAUGUCUACAUGCUCCAUUCAAAAUGAAAGAGGACGUGUGCAACAUUCUUCCUUUCGCAAAACACCAAAAAUAUUUACAGAAGGUAUAUCAGCAAAAUCUUGGAAUCUUCGCUGUCGCUGGUGGCUAACGAGAUAUUUCAGUAAUAGCGAAUUUGAAUCGAAUAGUAAAACUGGUGAUUUACAGCUACUCACAUACAAAGCAGCAUGUGCAUUGUACUUGUAUGGUCAAGAAUUCAACUAUGUUGUGAAGGCCUAUUCUCAUUUAAAAAAAGAAAAUGACAAGAAUUUAUUGCUAUUCUUGAAUGAGCACAAGAGAAAUUCAUAUGUAAUUUAUGACAAAAAUUCAAAGAAAGCUUCAUGUAUAAGAUUAUAAUGAUAAGAUAUAUUUAUUACAUCUGGAAUAAUCAUUAUUUGAUUAAUUUGUUAUCAGUUUUGGGUAUAGAUUUUAUGGUUAACUUCAUACAGUUUUGUAUGAGUUUUUGAGAUUAUUGGUCAAAGUUAUCUUUAUAAGAAGAUUUGAGCAAAUAUAACACAUGCAUAUAUUUUUGGAUUAAUGUUUCUGAUUAGUAUAGAAAGACAAACCAUUCUCUCAGAG